UUUAUUUGACUUUAUCAACAUGACUUUACUUAUCGAUUUGACGACAUCAUUGUACUUGAUCCUAUUUUCAAUAAUUUUUUACUUCAUUCUCAAGCAAAUAAAAUUUAUCAAAGCUGUGAAUCGGAUUCCGGGAGUUUGGGGACCUCUGAGGAUACAACUUUUUGGCGUCGCCUUGGAAUUUUUGGGAAAAACUGAAGCUGAACGUCUAAAAUUGCUACAAGGAUAUGCCGAGGCCUUUCCUAAAGUUGGAAAAGAUGAUUUUUAUUUGACAAAGGUUUGGUUUGGACACAUGUUUGUGUGUUACUUACACGAUCCGGAGCUGCUGCAGCAAGUGUAUACAUCAAAAAAGUGUCUUGAAAAGCCAUUUUUCUACAAGUUCUUUGGUUUCGGAGACGGAUUAAUUACAGCAAAAGUCAAAUCCUGGAAAGGACAUCGAAAAAUCCUGAAUAAUGCGUUCAGUCAGAAGAAUUUGCAGGGAUUUAUUUCGAUUUUUGAUGAAAGUAGUAAGCAGUAUGUGAAAAGUUUGGAGGAGAAUUUGGGAAAAGGUCCUUUUGAUAUGUUGAAUUAUGCGGUAAAAGCAACUUUGGACAGCAUUUGUGCCACAUCGUUCGGCAUCAACGUGAAAGCCCAAGAGAAGAAAUUGAAUUUUAAUGCACAUCUUCAGAGAAUCCAUGAGUUGACUGCAAUCCGCAUGUUUAACCUCCAUCUGUACUCGGAUUUCAUUUAUCGUCUUUCCAAAUAUUGGCCUGGUGACAUUGUCGCGCGAUCUCACUGUCUCCAAUUUGGUCAAGAGUUGGUGAAAAAACGAAGACAAGAAUUGAUGGAAAACAACAACAACGGCUCAGAAUCUGGAUUUGAGGAGGAAAAUUGUGAUUUGAGUAAAAAAUCUGAAAUUUUCGUUGAUCACUUGUUAAAAUCCAAGGACGCCAAUAACGUCGAGACAUUCACCGACAACCAAAUUCGUGAUCAUGUACUGACAAUUCUCUCAGCGGGCAAUGAAACAACCGCAUUAGGUGUCAGUUUUGGCACUCUCUUCCUUGCCAUGCAUCCUGAGGUGCAAGAACGUGCAUAUCAAGAAGUCAAAGAAGUUUAUGGAACAACCGGCGAUGUUCCCAUUACGUAUGAAAACUUGCGAAAACUCGAGUAUAUGGAUCGUGUAAUUAAGGAAACUUUAAGAUUAGCACCCAGUGUCCCGCUAAUUUCGCGAAUAAUGACAGAAGACACGUAUUUCGAUAAUGGCGUGAUGCUGCCAAAGGGAACGCAUACCUUGGUCGUUAUUUAUGCCUUGCAUCGUCUCAAGUGCUAUUGGGGAGAAAAUGCCGACAAAUUUGAUCCGGAUAACUUUUUGCCGGAAAAAGUAGCUGCGAGACAUCCCUUUUGCUAUUUGCCUUUCAGUUCGGGCAUCAGAAAUUGCAUCGGACAGAAAUAUGCGGUUCUCAGUAUGAAAGUUAUGUUGGUGAAUUUGUUGUUGGCUUACAAGUUUGAGACGCCACUGAAAAUGGAGGAUUUGGAAUUCAGGCUUGAUGUUUCGCUGAUGUUGACAAAUCCGUACAGCAUUGAAAUUACAAAGAGAUAAAAGUGGGUCAAUUCUUUAGGUUAAGAAAAAAAAAGUUCAACAAACAAAAAAACUCGUAAAUAUUGACUUUGAAUAAAUUACUCUUGAUUUAAGAGCUUUAUGUCAUUAAUAUUAGAUUAAAGGUUAAAAUUAUUUCUUGAGCUCAAGAACUAUAAAUAAUAAA